AUGACACCUUCUAUUGUUCACGCCCUUUCUUCUGCCAAUAUACGAAACCUGACUGAUUUCAUUGCAGCUGAUCUUGAGAAUCUGGCAUUGGUGACGGGAAUUUCGUAUAAGGAAUUGCUGGCCUUACAACAAGUAGUUCUUGCUGAAUAUUCGGCUUUUCCUACAAGUGCUGCUGAUUUAUAUGGACGAGUUGUCAGAUCAGCAGCCAUCUUGUCUACAGGCAGUCCAAGACUUGACCAAUGGCUUGAUGGUGGACUUUAUACUGGUGAAAUGACAGAGCUUGUAGGACACAGUGCCGUGGGAAAAACACAGUUUUGCCAUAGCACCACAGUAGCAGUUGCUAAGCAAACAAAACUGAAUGUAUUGUAUAUUGAUACAUCUGCUUCCUUCAGUGUUGACCGCCUGCUGGCCAUUUUGGAACCAGACGAUGAACCAGAAGCUGAUUCUAUUCUUAGAAGAAUAAAAUGCUGUAAAGUUUUCAGCAUUUUCCAAAUGUUUGAUGUUUUGGAAGAAACACGACAACAUUUAAUCAAUCAGACUGACAGCUUCUAUUGUGGUUUGAGACUCAUUGUUUGUGAUAGUGUAUCAGGGUUGGUUUCACCUCUGUUGGGUGGCCAGCAGUCACAAGGUCAUUGUGUUAUGGUUCAUUUUGCACAAAAGCUGAAGAUAUUGGCUCAUGAGUAUUUUUUGUCAGUUUUGGUAACCAAUAGUUUAGUUGGGGGUGAUCAUGGUGUCCCCACUGCCAGCCUCGGGGCUACAUGGCAGUUUGUACCACAUAACCGGAUCCUUUUGCGGAGAGAGAAUAGUUCUUCUCAUGAAAGCAGAGAAAACAUUAGGCAUGCAACAAUUCUCAAAAGUUGUCGCCAAGCAACUGGUCCUCACAACUCCUUUACUAUUACAGACAAAGGAUUGUUAUAA